CGUUUGCAGACGUGCAAGUUCAGCGCUUCCGGUUCACUAUUAGCGUCUGUCAAACGGGUAAAAAACAAGUUUAGUUUUUAGCUGUACAGCUCUCUUCGGAUAUGUCUCAUGCAUUGAGGACACUUGCCACUGGAGUUUUUAGCGUGCAGAGAUCUGUGACCGUCCUGCCACUCUUGCGUCCCGUGAGCGCCGUGAAAAUCGGAGGACAACAGCGGAGCCGCAGCGAUGGAGUGAAGGGCAGUGAGAGUCAGCCGUUUGACGAGUCCCUCCUUGAGUUUCUUGUGUGUCCACUGUCCAAAAAAACCCUGAGGUACGACGAAAAGAGCAACGAAUUAAUAAACGAAGAGCUUGGUAUCGCAUAUCCCAUCAUUGAUGGUAUUCCUAACAUGAUCCCACAAGAUGCAAGAAUGAUCCGUAAGAGCGGCUCGACUGAAAAACCCACCGAAUCUUGA